AUGGGCGUGUUUUUUGGAGCGUCGCUGGCGCAUCCCAGGAGACCGCCCAUUGUCGCCGGCGACGUCAACACCGGUAGCCCUGUAGGCGUGCAUCGACGAGCAACCUUCUCCUCGUUCUCGUCCUUUCCGCCGCUCCCAAGUUUUUUUAUUCGUUUUUGUUUACAAUGCGUUCAAAGAUAACCGUCGAUUAACGUCAGUAGAGAAUUAGCGAUAAAAACAAAAAAAUUGCUAUAAUUUUAUAAGGAAACAACUUCAUUUUUCGAAAGUUAUCGUUUCCUCGACAGAAAUCAUUGAGAAAAAACAAUUUUUGGGACCGGUCGUAAAAAAAAAAUACCAAGGAUUGCUCAUUCAAUCACUUACUUUCUAAUUAUGAAUCGAAAGAAAUUUAUUCCAAAAAAAGGCUUUUUGAAAAAAAGCAAUUUGAAAAAUUGUAUUUUUUUGGGAGCAAUAUAUUUUUGUCUCCGCAAAAAAACGGUCAAAACCCGGGUUUGCCUAGACUGCCUGGCUUGACGCACAAGCCUGAUUAUGUAUACUAAAUUUAAUUCGAACUUGUGAGAAGCUGAAAAAAAGCUUUAGAACCAUUUUUUGUAGCUUGAGAGACAAGCUAUAAAAUCAGACGAUAUUUAAAUUACAAGAAACUAGAAAUAAAGCUUUGCGGUUAUGAUCAGACAAUCGAAAAAGUUUAUUUAACAUGAGAAGAUGGAAAAAGUCUCACGGCGUCGGGGGAAGAUGUCAAGUUUCCCGCGCUGCUCGUGACGGCUUCUGCAUAUUCCGACUUUUCUCACAGGUGAUUCUGCUCUGAGCGAUGAGCGAAACUCUGUUAUAACCCCUCAAUCUUCAGCUAAUUAGCACCCUGCGACGUGUCCGUCUCAGGUUCAGCCGUGUUUUGAUUCUCAGAUUCGCAUUCCUAUUUCCGAAAACCUUCUAUGGCUAUGUUCUGACAAGAUUCUGAUUGCGAAAAAAGGUUUCAUCGUAGGUCUAAAACCGUUUUUUCUUUUCAUUCAAUUUUUACCUGUCUGUCUAUUGAAAAAGGUCAAUCACAAUGUAUUUUUCCCAAGAGUAUAGCGUGAGAUACUUAGUAAGUCACAGUUCACCGCCAACUUUUAAUAAGAAAAGUGGAAUAGUUAAUGCUUAACUGUUAAUCUAUAAACAUUUUUGUGACUCCGGAAUCGAAACAACAAAUUAUUUUUGCUUCUGGAAAAAAAAAUCAGGAAUUUGGUUUUUCUGCCUGAAAUGUUUUUUUUUCAUCAACGUUCCUCGCGACUUGAAAAGUCUGACUUUUGUUCGUUUUUUUUUCCACGCCAAUGACCUCAUGAAAGUCGUGGAAAAUGGUUUUUUCGUAUCAAGACUUUCUAUUGCAACGGUGCGGAUUUGUUCGAUUCAGGCUGAAACUAGCCGUGGAUCAGUUUGGACGGCUCGGCGAAGAAGACGAAAUGAAAAGACGGUGACUGCGUUGAGGCUGGAGGGGCGGCGGCGGAUGGCGUUGCUCAAGGUGCGCGACGAGUGCACCAAGCUCGUCGGCCACCGUUUCCUCAACUCCCACAUCUGCCUCUGCAUCUCGCUCGUCCAGCUCCUCGUCUGCUGCUGGGCUGUCGCCCAACACGCCAACUCCUACAUUGUCUACCACAAGGUGUGUCUUCGUUUUUUUUUUAUGUUGCAGUAGAUCGUGAAAUAUCGCAGAUAGGUUUUUUUUGAGUCUUGAAGGAUAUUUUGCAUCGGCAGUAGAGUGAAAAUUGCUUAAUUUUGGUCUGCAAAAAGCCGAUAAUUUGUUUCGAAUUAGUUUUUCCGUUGUCUAGUAUCCUCUCUGAACUCGAAAGAUGCAUUUUGAAAUAUUUUAGAAAUUAUUUUAAUGCAGAAGCAAUAAUGAGAAGGAAGUCGAGCUUAGUAGUCCAAGUCUAGAAUUUGAUUAAUUAUAUUUAUAUUUUCUCAGCAAGAAAAACAGAAUUUUUGAUGAUAGAACUUUUAAUUUUGUUCUUUUUCUUAGAUCAGUGGUGCUUUCGGAACUUAAGUCGUGAUAUAUUUUUUCUUCGAAAAAAAUACCUCCUGAAAAUCUAAAUUUUUCUCUUUUUGCGAAGACUUUUGAAGUGAACAAAAUUUGAACAAGUGAGCUUUUUUUCGGCUGGAUUCAUCCACUUUUCAAUCAUCUAAUCGUCAUGGAUCGGAUACAUUGAAACCUCGUUAAAAGCUCUGAAUAGGGGAAGAAGCUUUGCGGCGGGGCAAACAAACGUGACAUCAAUGGUAAUCGAAUAAUAGCCACCAAUUGUGCACGAAUUGACGUGGAAAACGAGGAAAAGCAGGGGAGAGUUGCAGAUUCUCAAGUGCGACUUCUUGGAAGGCAGCCUGCCUCUGGAAGCCGUCGACGCCGUCAUUUUCGACGUCCGUCUCUUCCACUACCUCUGGGGCAUCCGCGGCUGCGUCGCCGAGUACCUGGAUGGAGGUGGGGCAAAAGCAGAAUGUUGAAAAAAUUAUAUCACUUUGAUCGUUUUGAAUAUGUUGUUAGCGGCCUCAGCAACAUUAAGAACUUAGGAAAACUUACGAGAAUUUAGAAAAAAACGUCAUUUAAUAAUGAUCUUUUUCCAACCACUGAAUCUACAAAACUUGAUUCUCAUCUCCGCGCCGCCAUUGCAAUAAACCAUGCCACUAUUGCAGUCAGCCACGCCUACUGAUCACAGCUGCCGUCCAUUUGGGAACACUGUGACUUAUAGAUCUUUUGGUUAUCUGGAAAGCCAAAUAAAUUGGGUCUUUUAGUUCAGAGAAUUCGGCGCCAAAAAACCAAACCUUCAAAGCAAGAUAAAGCUCAGAAAAUUGAUCCCGAAAGUUUCAGCUAUUUUUCAUCUUGCUUCAUAUUCUCCGCUCAUAUAUUUCAAGGCUUCGGAAGACUGGCUUGGUGUAUUUCUCAUUCGACCUCGCUGCUCUUCUCGCUGCCCGUGGCGUUCAUCUCCCAUCCACGGCCCUGCUACUUUUGGCCUCUCCUUGUCCAGGUAUCUUCAUUCAGAGCUUUCUUCUUUUUUCGCUACUCAAGUUCGAACUUUGGAGUUUUGCAACCGAUUCUCAUACAUCAAAAGACAAAAAAAGCAACAGAGGCGGGUAUCUCGAGGGAUUUUCGACGGCUAUCAAACGCCUUCUUGCUCUCCCGACGACGCUUUGAUAGAGUUCAGCUUUUUUCAGACAAAUCGUCAAAAUUUUUCCCCUUUUUCAUGGAAAAUUGUCAUCUUGAAGGAUUUCAAACUGACGAGAAAGCCAGAAUGUUGGACUAUGAAACAUUGGAUAUAUCAACCAUAACAGCUUUCAAUAAUUUUUUUUUUAUUAGAAAUUAUAUCUAAACUUUAUCCAUAAUUUAUUUUUUUAUUCCACCGAAAAGUAUGAUAAAAAAAGUAAAAAAAUCAAAGAUUUCAUGACCAAAGUUUGAGGAAAUUCUUUUUUUGAUAUUUAACCCGUAUUUUUUUAAUUUUUAUUAAGAGUAUUUUUUUGAAAAACCACUUUUUUUUACCUGAUUUUUAUUGGCUUCCUGGUUAUUUGAAAUUUACGAAAAAAAAAGUUUUGAGUAGAUUAUAAAUUAUUUUUAUUUAACCGAAAAGUAUUAUCUCUUGUAGUCGCUUUCGCCAAGUUCAUAGAGAAAAUUUUUUCAAAAGAUUGUUUUAAAACUCAAUGAUUGCUAAUUUAUAUUUACGCGUUCGAAAGACUGAUUUCAGUCAAAAUUAAAAUUUAUCCGUUAAAAACGAAAGAAAAUUAAGUAUGCGGUCAAAAAAAAUUUAAAAAAAAGCUUUGCAAGUUUUCGAAACUGGAGAAGCUGACUUUGAUCCUGCACUUUUUAGAAAUUCGUCUCUGCAAGAGGAUCACUUUCUAUAGACCUCCAACAGAGUCGUUGAGUGGAAAGUACCGAGUUUGUUCACUAAGAGCUCAUUUGGCCGACGUUCGAUCACUCUCCGUCGGCCUGUUCGCAUUUUUACAUCGAAAAGAAAAGUGCAAAGAAAUUAAGCGACAGGCGGUUUGGAACUGGCGCCGACUCUCUCCGAUCGGCACGCUCUCUGCUCCUCGAGAGGCGGAGUCAGGCGUUCACCCCCAGGCAAAACCGAAGAGAAGACACAAAGUCGUUAACUAUAAACCAACCUUUUUUUUUCUCUUCGUUCAGCUCCGCAGGCUGUUUGAAAAAAGUUUAACGUGGCUGAGGGACCAGGUUUUGGAAAAAGGGGUCUCACAACUUUAACCUUUAUCUCAUACGUAAGCUAAUUUUGCUUUCCGUGGGGAAAUUUUCUGUAUUUGCCAAUGAUACUUUUGGAUGUUCCAAAUGCAUAAUUUUCAAGUUCAACCUGAAAAACCUCGUUCUCGAGAGCGGACGUCCAAAAAUUAUUUUUUCAUUAAAAGGUAGUCAGAAAGAGGCCAAAGUCAGAAAGAGUAAAACAUGUACUUCAUUUCAGUUAUAACUGGACAAAUAAGAUAAUUUUGGUUUUAUAUAUGAAAACUUUUGGAGAAAUUUGCAGCAGUCGGCGUACGGAAUCUGUCUUCUGAUUCUUCUUCUGGCGGCGUUGCCUCGGAUCGUCGUCCUUCUGGCGGCGCCUUACGCUGCUCCUCUCGCCCCUAUUCUCUUCUAUUUUUUUGGAACUUCACUCAACUUUUUCCAUGUCAGUUAUUCGAUAGCCAGUCUUUCAAACUUCUCUUUCCCGAAAUCACAAAAAAACUUGCAGCUGUACGUUUAUUGGCAUUGGUACUGGCACGUGAGUUCACGCUGGAACUCAGUAGUCCGCGUGAAGUUCGGCGAGCGACUGAUGAACGCCAACAACCGGUCUCGCCGCGACAAGCCUCUCCAACCGGUGGUCGUCGACGACGCCGUCUUGCACUACGUGCCGCAAGAGACGACGUCGCCUCUGCCGCCGCCGCCACCGUUGCAUCGGCGUUCGACGACGUCGUUGUUCGAGGGCUUGCCACGGGUGUUCACGCCGCUGGAAGAAGCCGACGAGCCGUUGGAAGAGAGCGAGGAGAUGUCGCCUCCACCGCACGUCUUCGCCACACGGGUCCCCCUCGUCCAGGGCCGAGUCCGUCGUCAAUUGCCGCCUACCCCGAACCUGCCGAUGCACGGCGAGUUGCCGCGGUUCCCCAUACGUCGUAGUCGCCUCUGA